CAGCACCACCACCGCUGAGGAGCACGGGCAGCUCUUAGACGACACUGGCCGUGCCUGUUGUGCUUCGCUCACUCGCAGGAAAACCGCGCGUAAGACGAGGAACGCGCUCUCGGUACGCAGAGACUCUGAUCAGUUGAGCUGCGGCUGGCAGAAAGUUCUCUGCUUGAAUCAUCAUGGCCUACAGAGUAUCGAGACCAGCCUGAAGUCCAUUCCGGGAGACUUGACAUGUCUUCGCGAAUCCCGAGGAGCAAUCCCUACUACAGCAAUGUGUAUUACGAAGAGCCUACUAAAUUCCAGCGUCUGGGCCAAUGCUGCCGCUCGUGUACCGCGUCGUUGAUGUCACAUUUUGGUCUGGUAACUCUAGUUGUAUUCUACUGUGUUCUCGGAGCUUUUCUCUUUGAAUACCUCGAAGCGCCGAAUGAGGAAGCGAAACGCUUGGAAGUCAUGUACAGAAGGGACAAUGUUAGUGUGGAUCUCUGGAAAAUCACGAACAGCUCUCGUGUCUUGGAACACAAACAAUGGAAGUCGGAGGCACUCCAAGUUCUGAAGAAAUUCGAAGAUCAGGUCGUUCGGGCGGUUCGAAAGGAGGGUUACGAUGGCAACGAUCACGGUGAGCCCCCACAGUGGAGUUUCACGGGAUCCUUGCUAUACUCAAUCAUCGUCAUCACGACCAUCGGUUAUGGAAACGUCGCUCCGAAAACACCGCAGGGCAGGGUCGUCACGAUUUUCUACGCCAUCGCAGGGAUCCCGUUGAUGCUGCUGUGUUUGUCGAACCUCGGCGACACGAUGGCUCAUUCAUUCAAGUUUUUCUACAAAUAUCUCUGCUGUGCGAUGGUGCACAAAGACCGGCGGCCCCGCAAAACUCGAUCCCGAUCGCGGAGAGUCUACUCCAGAAAUAUGAGUUUGGGUGCUCUCCAAGCCAGCAGUCUCCCGGCAACGCCAACACUCGCAGCACGUCAUUACGGUCAACCCCAUCGUCGAGCUGCGAGCCUUCCCCGAACGAAGCCAGCCCCAAUGUCGCGGAACGAUUUGUGGAGCUCACAGAUUAUCGUAAAUCGUUACAUCAAAGAUGAUGAUAUGACGUUGACGUCGACCGUUGGAGCUGCUAACACUGUUCAACCUCAGGCUUCGCGCAGCGAACCUCUAGUUUUCGAUUUCGGAUACGAAAGCGAGUCGGAGUCCUCGAACGACGAGUACAACCGGAGAGAGGAAGACGCUGUUCCCUUAUGGAUGUGUUGCGGCAUAGUGAUCGUUUACAUUCUGGGAGGAGCGUGGCUGUUCAAAUACUAUGAAGACUGGGAUUAUCUUGAAGGCUCUUAUUUCUGCUUUGUCACAUUGACCACGAUCGGCUUCGGUGAUGUGGUCCCUGGACAAACUAUAAACGAGAAGGAAACCCAGACCUCGAGGCUCGCAUCUUGUGCUAUCUAUCUACUGUUCGGGAUGGCUUUGAUAGCCAUGAGUUUCAACCUGGUUCAAGAAGAAGUCAAGAAGACCGUCCGGAACAUCGGGAAGCGGAUAGGCAUCGUCUCCGAUGAUGAUGACUAG